AUGAGCUCCCAUCCAAGUUCUACCCUGCGGAUGCAUCUGACCUCUCCACCUCCAUCUCAAGCACUCCUCGAACUGCAAAAGCAAGGUCUCGAACUCGCAAUCUCUCCUCCGCCGCAUUCUCUCCAGGUCGCACCGCAUCAUGCCUCUGGCCGAUCGACACCGUCGGACUUGGACAAACCACUGCCACUCGAACCCUUCGAGGAGAAGAAGCGGAGGUCGUCAAGCGUCUACAGCGUUGAUCGGGGUAGCGUUUACAGUACUGACACUACGAUCACCAAUAUACUCCGCCUUUAUGGCGAGUACCGUGAGCUUGACGACAUUCCGCCGAUGCCGCUAUUGCACCAACCACAAGCCUACCGAGACACCGUUGCGCCACUCCUCAUCAGGCGACUGAGUCUGACCCAGAGUCCUCCUCCCCGACCGAUAGUGGAAGAUGCUCCACGCGAGGCUCCAUCGGCCGCAUCCCUUCGCUCUGCGGCUGCGCAGUCGGAUGCAAUACCAAGGAACAAGGACGCUCCGACAUUUACUGAGUUCUCCCGUCAGCUUCUGGAGCGCAGGGAUCAACUGGUAUUGCCGCAAUCAGUGUCUUCGGCGGACAUGCAUCGACAAGCAGCCUAUGACCAGUUGGCUCCACCUUCGCCGCAAGUCUCAUCCAUUGAGAUGUCCAUCUCGAUGUCACACACCCCGCCUUUGCCAGAUGCGGUCUCAGUAUCGAUAUCCGAUGCGAGUAACUCUGACCUCCUCCCGCCACCACUAGCGAUGAGCAGCUCCAGCCUUCCAAGCCCUCCCUUUGAUGAUUGGGAGAAGCCUGCUGAGUUCAACCCUGCCCGCCACCAAGAUCACGAGCAGAGCCCGUUGCACAAUCAUGGGCAUAAUAGGAGCUGGUCACAGAACUGGUUGGAGGAUGGCUUUGUCACCCAGAGUCCGCGUAGCUCCCCAGUGGAGUCGUGGCCGAGGCAGAGUUUCCGGCCCAGCAGCCCGUUACCGCGGCGAGACCUGGAGCCUGGCACGACGGGCGCCGAAGCACCUUCGCCGAGCUCAAAGAGGGAGAGCCGGGAUCAAAAUAGCGUACCUAAAGAUCUUGCCAGGUCGAGUAUUCAACAGGGUGUCGGCGUUCUUCUCCGCUCACUCUCUCACAAGAGUGCGGCAGAAAGCCAAGAAUGGCCAGAAGACACUAGCAAUCCGCCACGCGAAAGGCAGCUGGCUAUUCCUGCCACGCCUUAUCAAGUGUAUGGUGCCGAGAUCUUUUCGGGCAAGCUGCAGAAGAAACAGCAGAGAGAGGCGGAAUACCAGGCUCGGCAAGCUCAAGAAGCACAGCGUGCACGUCGGCAGAGGGGGAAAUCGAUGAGUCUAGCUUCUGCGUACCACAAAGGACAGAACGGCCUGGUCGCAAGCUUACGGAAGUUGACGACGAAGUCAUCGCAGAAGAGACAACGGAAGCUGAAGGACAGCAUCAUUUUGCUGGGCACGGCCGAGACACGUAGCUCAAUAAACGCCCUGCAGCACGCGACAACUGAGAGGGAGGACUCGUGGAUCUAG